CUUGACAGCACCCUCAAAAUGGCAGCAAGAUGCGAGCUAGAAACCGAGUCCAAACUAAGAUUUCUCCUCUCUGCUUUUUAAAACGGGACUCGACACGUUUGUCCAUAAACGAGCGGUAAUGGGGUUGAUGCCCUGCCUGUAACAUGGAUAUACCGACGGCGGUGUUCAACGCGGCCAGAGAUGGUAAGCUGAAACUUAUCCAGAAGUUGCUCAGCAACAAAACUCCAGAGGAGCUGGAGGCUUUAGCCGAGGAGAAGACGCAGGGAGGCACUCCUCUGCUGGUCGCCUCUCGAUACGGACACCUGGAGGUGGUGGACUACCUCCUUGAACACUGCAAAGCGAGUGUUGAACUCGGGGGGGCGGUUAACUUUGAUGGCGAGACCAUCGAGGGGGCUCCGCCGCUGUGGGCAGCCUCUGCGGCCGGUCACCUCCCCGUGGUGAAGACGCUGCUGAAGCACGGAGCCUCGGUGAACAACGCAACACUAACUAACUCAACGCCGCUGCGAGCUGCCUGCUUCGACGGUCACCUGGAGAUCGUCCGCUACCUGGUGGAGCACAGAGCCGACAUGGAGGUAGCCAAUCGCCACGGCCACACCUGCCUCAUGAUCUCCUGUUACAAGGGCCACAAGGAGAUAGCCAAGUUCCUCCUGGACCGGGGCGCCGAUGUCAACCGCAAGAGUGUGAAGGGAAACACCGCCCUCCACGACUGCGCUGAGUCGGGCAGUCUGGACAUCAUGAAGAUGCUGCUGAAGGGCAGUGCUCGCAUGGAGAGAGAUGGGUACGGGAUGACCCCACUCCUCGCCGCCAGUGUCACAGGUCACACCAACAUCGUGGAGUAUCUGGCCCACCAGCCUCGCACCUCCAGAGAGGAACGCAUCGAUGCGCUUGAGCUCCUUGGGGCCACUUUUGUGGACAAAAAGCGGGAUCUCUUGGGGGCGAUGAGGUACUGGAGAAGGGCGAUGGAGCUGAGGCAACCAGGGGACAAAGCUGGGUCCCUGGCCAAGCCUCCACCCGGUCCCCCGAUCCCUGCCUACGGCUGUGCACAGGAGGUGAGCACUGCAGAGGAACUGGAAGCUUUGAUCACAGACCCUGAUGAAAUGAGGAUGCAGGCUUUGUUGGUCCGUGAGCGCAUCCUGGGGCCGUCCCACCCUGACACCUCUUAUUACAUCCGUUACAGGGGAGCUGUGUAUGCUGACUCAGGCAACUUUGAACGCUGCAUCAGCCUUUGGAAAUAUGCUUUAGACAUGCAGCAGAGCAACCUGGACCCUCUCAGUCCCAUGACAGCCUCCAGUUUCCUGUCUUUUGCAGAGCUUUUCUCUUUUGUUCUUCAAGACCGGGCCAAAGGCACCCUGUCGACACGCGUCACCUUUCACGAUCUGAUGACUGUGCUGGGGAAGAGUGUGAGGGAGGUAGAGAGAGCUGUGGCUCAGAAGGACAACCCUCCGGAGGCUCCACAGUUCACCAAAGCUCUCUCCAUCAUCCUGCACCUCAUCUUUCUCCUGGAGAAGCUGGAGUGCAGCCCAGAGCAGGAGCAUCAGAAGAAGCACACAGUGUACCGCCUGCUAAAGCUGAACCCCCGAGGUCGGAGCGGCUUCACUCCUCUCCACAUGGCUGUGGACAAGGAGACCACAUCUGUUGGUCGCUACCCCGUCGGCCGCUUCCCCUCCCAGGCGGUGGCAGCGCUGCUCCUAGAGUGUGGCGCUGACGUGGAUUCACGUGACAGUGAAAACAAUACGCCUCUGCACAUCGCUAGCAACAACGGUUGUCCGGAGAUUAUGGCACUACUUAUGAAGGCCGGGGCUCACUUUGACGCCACAAAUGCGCAGAGGAAGACGGCCUACGAGCUGCUGGAUGAGCAGAGCAGCGGGCACCCGGCCCUCUACCCACUGAACUAUGUCACCCUUCAGUGCCUGGCGGCGCGUGCAAUUGAAAAGCACAGACUGCCUUACAGGGGACUCAUCUCUGAGGAGAUGGAGGCUUUCAUUGAACUGCACUGACGUCCACCACUGUCCCUGAUGAGGCAGCCCUGCACUACACCUCCUGUUGCCCCCUAUACUUUACUAUGACCUGCCACAAACUUCCUUCUCCACACCAUUCUCCUACUAUUUGUCUCCUUUUGGCCUUUGCUUUGCUGCUGGCCCUAUCAACCUUGUGUCAGACCUCACCAUAGCAAUAAACAUCCAGCUAAAAACUCUGGCUGAGCUCUGGUCAGUUAUCACCUCAUUCUAACAUUUAGUCACAUAGCAAGUGAUUGUCGAUUUCUACUGCUUUUCAAAGCUGGUUGGGACUUGAACUUGAUGCAUUUCCCCCUGUUUUGUCCCAGUUAAAAGGAGACUUACAGUAUGAUGGUGCUUGUGUGUGUUUGCUGGCUGGGCUGUAUGAAAGAUGGGUUUUAGUAUUACUGGAAGCAUCUGAACAAACUAGCCAGAUAACAUGCAUGAAAAUGAAGAGUGAAUAUGGUAGCUCACUCCUUCAUUCAUUAAGAAAGGAAGUGUCAAACUCAACCACCCAAACUUGCUUGCAGGUCAUUUUUAGCCGAUUCUACUUCACUUACUGUAUACCAUCUGUUAUGUUUCUUUGAUAUGGGAAGGUGUUUGAAUUUAUUGUGCCAAAUGUCACCCAUGGAGCCAUGUUCUGUUACAGACUGUACUGGUGGCAAAAGGAAAAGCAACUCAUUAUCUUCCCAAUGCAAGCAGAAUUUAUAACCAAAAGUGGAGAUGUACAUGAAGAAGAUCAGGAACUUGAACAGCAUCCCUUUGAGUGGAAAGAGCUGGUACCGUUGUUCGGCUAACAGUUUGCAGUCUCUACACAUACAUUACCUAUGCAGUUUGUGGUAGUCCAAUCAGAGGCACUGUUUUACAAGCAAAAAAUUCACUACAUAAACAGAUUUUACACGAGAUUAUUCUUCAGUUUUACAUUCUUAUCUGAACAUGAUAACGGCUCAAACCUGGGGCUGCUUCGUUGACAAUGAAUUGGUAUCUCCUGAAUUCAUGAACUACGAAUGUUUUCUUAACAUUUCUGCCUAUGUCCGAAUGAAAUGUCAAACUAGAGCCUUAAGUGUGCCUUCAUCCCUCUAUUCUGGGUCACGCCAGCAUCAACAGAGAUAUCCAAUUCACUCAGGCAAAGAAGCAGCAUCAAAACAGGACAUAUUGUGAAGGGAAGAACAGAGCUUAAGCCCCUUGUUUGUGUCCACAGGGAAAAGCCAAGAGUAAACUGUCCGUAAUCAUGUGUCAAUUCUGUUUUGUAGUGAAUUUUCCCUUUAACUCCAGAUGCAGUACACAGAAAUGGAUUGGCCAUUCCUGCAUCUUAGUCUUACUAUUAAUAGUCUCUCUUUUGUUUUUCUUGUGUUAUCAUGAAUGUUUUAUUUGUCUGUCUGUGCUAAGCACUACCAAGUUGGAAGCACACUGAGAGGCUCUAAAUCCUAAAUGGACAACUUACAAUGAGGCUAUGAACUCUGCCUUUCUCGUUCUCAACUGAUUCGUUUAACCGAUGAUAACUCAAGAACAAAAGUGCGUUGGAGAUACUUGAAUAAAAUUCAGUAUCGCAACUUAUUCUGUGUGUGCUUGCAUGUGUUGGUUAUCUAAGUUUUGCUGUGUCUUUUCUACAUGUGUAAAAUCGUAUUUGGAAUUGUUUUUGAUUUUAAAACUAGGCACUAUCUGAAAAUUGAAAAGGAUUUCUCCUUCUCUGCACUAGUUCUUUAGCUCGAGUACUGUUGCUGACGAUGGCAGCAUUCGCAUUAAGAGCAUCAUUACAUAUUUAGAUGUAUUGAAAUGGUUGCAUAAAAGACAUAAAAGACCCUACCAGCAGCCAAGGACAUAAAAUGUGCUUAUUCAAAAGUGGAAGACGCAUACAAAGUGUAACAUAAGCAGAAUAUAAAAAAAAAAAAUCUGUGUCCACUUGUUUUAGCUCUUUAUACCAAAUAUGGGCUUCCA